CUUGCGACUUGCAGCGGUUGAGCAAAAACAUAAUAGAAUUCGCUCGAGUCGAGAUUUCAUUAAAGGUGCACAAAAAUCGCUCAGCACUGGUGCUUUUGCUCGCAGCAAAUCAUUAUUUCUGAAGUCUCUAAAAUUCGGCAGCGUCUAGCGAUAUAAAGUUGAGUAAAAAGUGUCCUUCAUUCAGGCAAUACAUAUCAACAUUUUCGAAAAGUGGAUGAGGAAGUUUGAAGAUGGCCAACUACACUCGUGCCCAUGGGUCGUUCUACCAGGAGGAAUACGUCGUUUGUCCUCUCAACAGCGAGCACAUCAUCCGCGAGGGACGCUUCCAGUACCACCUCGUGCGCUGCUUCGAGAGGUUUCCUCACAAGGAAAGAGUGCAGCGGUGCCCUUUCAACGCAACACACCUAGUCCUGCUUCCUGCAAGCCUUGAGCAGCACAUGUCUAUGUGUCCGAACAAAGUUUCUGUCCUUCUCUACAAAUACACUCCUGGAGCAACUGACUUAAGAGACAGAGUUCUACCUAUUUCAAACAGGAUUGCUGAGAGCUUAGACGAAGACUGGUCUGAAUGCAACUCUGCCACCUACAAUCCAAAAAAACAGGGCCAGGUCUCAGCCAGCACCAGCAGUGACAGAAAAAGGCAUCACCAUCGUCACCACAAAGACAAGAAGGAUAAGCAUUCAAAGACUUCCAAGAGGGAUUCCAUAAAUUUCCCUGGUGUCAGCAAGGCUGGAUUGGACAUUAUCAUUAGUGAUGAUGAGACAGACAUCAUGACAACCACCUUCAGUGAAUUAAGCAUUGAUAAUAAGCCAUACAAGGAGAAAUUAUAAACUUGCAAAACAGCUUUGUAAAUUUGUAGAUGACGUUUGAUUUUGCAUUUUGCCUCAGUUGGUUUGGAUUAACAAUAGAAUAAACAUAUUAUCUGAUAUAAUUAAAUAAUUAUAAAGGCAUGUUGCACUGCAAUAAUUUUGAUCAUCAGUUUCUUUUAUUACAUCAAAAUUAUAAAUAAAAUUCCCGCAAAUAAAAAAAAAGUAAUAA